ACUUUCAGUAUGAAUACAGACCAUGAACGAGGUCUGUAUUCAUCCUUCUGACUUUUGGGGUUUUAAGCAGGAGGAGUCAGAAAGGUUACCACAGGGAUAACUGGCUUGUGUUAUCCCAAGUGUUCAGAGCGACGUCGCUUUUUGAUCCUUCGACGUCCGCUCUUCCUCUCACUGUGAAGCAGAAGCGUUGGAUUGUUCACCCACUAAUAGGGAACAUGAGCUGGGUUUAGACCGUCGUGAGACAGGUUAGUUUUACCCUACUGAUAAUGUGUUGUUGCAUUAAUAAAAUAGCAAAAGUUAAAUAUAAAAGCAUAUUUUACUUUUACUUUGAAAAUAAAAUAUACUGUUUUAUAUUGAGGUUCAAUUUUAGGUAGAGAUUUUGAACACUUUGAAUGUUGAUAGCACUGUUGUUUGGUUUUUGUUUUAACUGUAAUCAUUUGCAAAUACCCUUUUAUAUGAUAUCUAAUAUAAAACAACUUCUUUCUGAGAAAAUUCAAUCCAAAACCCCAAUUCACAUCCACCAGUAUCCAAAACUAAAUGUCAGUAAGGAUAUCUGAAUUUGAACUGUCCGAGUCCACAGGUUUUUAAUGUCACUUCCUUCUUUAAAACCAUCUCGUUGGUUGAAAAGAAGUGAGUGUGUUCUGUUGUGGCAUGGGAAGUUGGUCUGGCUUUCUUACUAUUUUGAACAAAAUUCAGAGAAGGAUUAAGGAUAUGUGACAGGGAAGUGGUGAGACCAUGGGUAAUGUUACUGUAGUAGUGGUUUAGGUUUGAGUAUAGGAAUGCUGAAUAUCUUCUUGAGAUAAAGGGCUAAAAACAAGUUCGGCUCAGAAUUGGUGUCCAGGUUUCCAAAACUUUGGUUCCCAAGUCAUCUUAUAAAAUACUCCCAUAGCUUUUAAGCUACAACCAACAGAUUCUGACUUUGGGAUCAAUACAAGAUGGAACGUGUUUUGUCAAAAGCUGAUGUAGAUGUUCAAUUCCUUUGCCAUUUGGACCUUAAUCCAUGAGUGUGAAUACUCUAAAAUGAAUUCUAAAGUUUCCUGGGAACCAACGUAAAGAGCAGGUGUAAUAUUACUUUGGAUUUUGUGAAAAGUCUUAGUGAUGAACACUGAAUAACCAGAAGGUGUGAAACUUAUGAUUUGUCUUGAGUCACACUGGUGAAAAGAGUCUUACAGUAAUUUAGGCACAAGGACACCAAGGCAUGAUUAAAAGAGAAAUACAACUGGAUGUAAUCCAAGUAGUAGUAGUGGUGGAAGGAAAUUGCUAAAUAAAAAAUAAUCAACACAGUAUGCCAGCCAAUGAACAAAAAUAAUAUUGGACCCAGAAGUAAACCAUGCGAAACACAUGUUAAUGUGCAAGAACUUGCAAGUCCAGAUGGAGAAUUCAGACAAACGGUGAAAAAACAAAUCUAAUGCAAAGCUAAAAAUAAAUAAAAAAAUAAAAAAACAGCCUGUAAAACAGAAUUUGUGAGAAUCAAAUGACUCACUGAGUUCAAGUGCACAGAUAAAGAGAGGUUAAUCAGUGGGAUAAAACAAGGCUGCAACAGCAACAUAAAUGUCCUAAGCUUUAAUAAAUUUUUAAUAAUGUAUGGUCAUUAUUUUUUUAUAAUGUUACAAUUACAAAAACUAUACAUCUGCACUCUUAUUUAUUUAGAAUGUCUUAAGGUGUGUCAAUCUUCUUAAAUUCUUUGAUUAAAAAGAGAAGAUAUAUUUUUGUCCUGCAUUCAAUUACUUUUUAGCCAAAACUGGCCGCUUUUGAAUCUGGAAAUAUUAUUGUCAGUGUUAUAUGUACAGACAGAUGUGGACUCAUUUUGUUUCAUCGUCUUACUUGCAAAACAACUGACAUCUGUCAAUUUUUAAUUGCUUCUUAGUUUUUCACAAAACUGGUCCAUUUUUCUCAUCCUCUUUCCUUUGGUUCUUUUGAUCCCAAAAUCUACAGUUAGCUCUGUCACAUUGGGUGUUGGUAGUAUUACGGUUUCAUUGUGUUCUUCAGCAAUUCAAGCCUGUAAGAGAAGACAAAAAACAACCACGGUCACAUGCUCCUUUAGAUACAGUGAAAAUUGUCAUUUUUUAAAGAUGUUUUCUUUCUAACCAAUGUGGAGCUUAAUGCUUUUUUCCUCAUAGCUAAAAUCAAACGUCAACAGAAUGCCUUGUCAAUAGAUAUUUGAUCAAAUUCUUACCAGGCAAGAAGUCGAUUUUCAACAGCAAUGAGUACCUUCAGCUACUUCUCACCACAAAUAUGUUCUACUACUUACAGUUUCAAGUUGGCUUAAUCUGAUUCGAAACUGCUCCUGUAGGAAAAUGCAAUUUUAAAGGUGCACCCACCUUAUCAUUUUGUUUGUCUCGGUUCUGGUAUCCUAUUCCGCAUUUAUAAAGAACUUAGUGAAAUGAACGGGGAACUGUCUUAGAUUAUAUGCUGGUUAUAAUCUACUGCUCUAAACAGGUCUAAAUCAGCUAAAGUUUAGAUUCCAGUUUUUUUAUGCUUUUUUUUUUUUUUUUUUACUUUAAAUAUCACUUCCUGUUGGUAAUUGAGAUAAUCUAAAGGCUGAUGUACUGUACAUACCAACCAGUUUCAACGGUAUUAUUGUUUUUUCUCAUUUCCAAUAGGAUGUACUGCCGAAGUUAAACCGGUUGCUUACUUAAAGAUUAUAUAUUUUGAAAAUAUGAAUAAGGAACAUACACAAACUGUUAUAGAACAUAUAGCCUACUUAACUUCCUCAUUCUAUUAAGAAUAGUUAUAAUAAGCCACAUUAAACCGAGCUAUGUCCUCAUAAAUCUUCGAGAAAGUUCCAACACCUCCGCUUCACAUCGCCAGAGUGGUUAUGUCUUAUAUUUUUCCUAAAGGCAAUGCAGAAAAACCAGACGUACGAGACGUGAACUGCAGGCGCAAACUAGCUUCGCCACGCCAUAGCUCCAGCAGCAGCAGCAGCCUCAGUAGUUUGGUCUACACUUUCAAGAUGGACGCUUUAAGCUCAAUAGGUUUCUGUUUCUUUUUCGUCGCGUAGAGCCCAUAUGUUGGUUGCCCACGCCAGGAACCUGGUGGGGGACCUAUGUAGUAUCGCAGCUAAGCUACAGUAUCUUUUGGAAAGCGGAAGAAGGGAUUUUAAUGUGGACAUUUCUGCUCCUUCGUGUUUGGACCGAGGGGUAUUUUGUAACUUCCUGGUUGUCGCAUGAAACAUGUCAGUUGGAAGUGAAGCGACAGCGCGAGGGACUCUGAAAGCUUCGGAUAUUUCGGGAUUAAUGGGAUUUUAUCGGUCGUUUGUGAUGUUCAGAAACGGGGACAAUUGGUUAAAACGACAAGCAAAGGGAGAAGGACAGAUUUCAUAAGCAAUGGAAAGUCGAAAUGGAGGAGCCUCAAGUGAAGGUUUUUUAAUACCCGUGUUGGAAUCUUCGGACGUCUUUCAGAGCAAAAUAUUGGCUCCACUUCAAAGUGCUUACUUGUACGAAGAGUCAAAGCAGUUUUUCAGAUAUAAGUCUGCUGUGUUAGUCAAGAAUCCUGAUCUGGAGAACAAGUACAACGCAUUUCGAGCAAGGAAAACAAACGCAGGGUACUCAGAAGAUGAUCUCAAAGAAACAUACGGCUUUUUGUUGUUUGACGACGGCAGCAAGGCUAAUGCACUUGGACAAACUGGUGUAAUCUCUGGAAACAUGACAUGUACAACUUUGGGAGAUCCAGCAAAAGGUGUUUACAUAUCGAUGUACUCUGAUUGUUUGGAUAUAAACCGUUGGUAUCAUGGGAAAUCUGGUUACAUUGCCAUCAUCAGGCUGACAAAGGGUAAAGUUAAAAAGGUCGCAGAGAACUACACACAGAAUUUCACAGAGCCCACUGUGGGCUGUGACUGUCAUGUGUCGGACCAGUUGCCUUCUGUGUCUUCCAAAACCAGCUCCUUUCUUGCUUUUGAGAGAACUCAGUUUUACAUUUAUGAGCUGCUACAUGAUGGAAGCAGUGAAACAUCUCAGUCUCCCAGCGCUGCAUGUCCAUUUGCCAUUGUGUCAUUUUCAUAUAUGGAUACAAAAGCAUCACCUGUUACACUAGGGAAAAGUGAGGUGCAAAAACAGGUUCAUCACUACUUACCAUGGAGGGGUCAGCUUCAAAUACAGAACCAGAUUUACCAUAUUGACCUCAGAUCCACUGCUGUGGCCUUUAUUCCUGUACAACUACCAUCAGUGAUCAAGGUUACCCAAGCCAUUCACAUGUCAGUUCUGAGAAGCCUGUUGCCAAGAACUGUUUUUGAAACAAGCUAUACAGAGGAAGUCUUUUUGGACGGCUUUUACUGCGACUUGUGUGAGUUUGUAUCCUCUGAAGCAAACGAAGCCGGCUCAUUUGCUCUGCUACUCUCAGAGAUCAAGGAGAACGAUUUUGCUCUGAUUAUUCCUCUGAUUGAUGGGGGAUUUCUUAUUUUAAUGCACCCAUCGCACUUCCUCAGAUAUGAUGAUGCAGAGUCUGCUUCAGCAGAGGUCAUGAAAGGCCUCUUUGUGUUUCCUGACUCACGAUUUGUAAGGACAGACACAAAAUUUCGAGAGAAAAACGGUCCCCUGUCGUCUGAAAUUCUACAUAUUCUACCAGUGCUAAGUUACGCCGAGGGCGAAGCUGAGAAAAUGUCCAUGGAUCCAAAGGAUGAACUUUGUGAAGUCUUGACUGAACACAUGCAAAGCUAUGCCACUUUAAUAAAUCCAGGAUUUUCUUCAAGUCCUUCAAGACCUUCAAGGGAGCUAGGGAUGUUUCCAGAUCAAUAUGACGUGGCUGAAGCGCACAGACAUCUCUAUUUGUCUCCUGAGUGGAAUAACAGAACAUGGGAAACCUUUAAGUCAUACCUGAGCAAACCAGACUCUUUCCAACUUCCAAUAGCUAAGGUUUCAGAGAUAUUGGCAUCAGGACAAAAGGAGCGAGGAGAGGAGCUUGAUGAUGAUGUCUACAUCUGUCUGUCAUCACCAGAGGAGGCGCCAAGUAGCCCAGUUUGUAUGGAAGCAGAAGACCAGUCACCGGCUGAGCAAGCGCUUGGUAAUAUUGGGGUUUCUAUGGAUGUUGGGUUUCCCAGUCCUGAAUUUCAAAUUGCUGCAAAACCCAUGUCUCAGAAUAUUUUGCAAGACAAUUUGCAGAGUGACAUUGUUACCAAAGACGAUCCAAUAUGCGCUCACCUCACUGAUCAACCAAACAAAGCUGAUGAUCCAAAAGCUCAAGACCCACUAAUUCCUCCAACAUCAGAGCAUCUUCCUGCAGAGUUCAUUGUCAGCAUAACCUCAGCAGAGCGAAAAGUUCCAGAUGAAGUAUCAACAUCCAAGUAUACUGACUUUAAUUUUUCUGGUCUUUCCACCAUGGCUAAGUUACAAACAGCUGAAGUAAACUCUGUCAUUGAUCUGUCUGACAAAGCAAAAAAGUGUUUGGAUUUCCCUAAGGUCACCAAUCACCAAAAGAGUACAAAAAGAAAGAAACGACGAAGAAUAUAUUCUGUGGUGAAAAAGAAGGUUUCUAGGACUUCUGUCGAGACUCAUAGUUUAAAAACUGCUGUCUCCACAGUUAAGGUUGAACAUUUAAACCGCGAGACACAGGAGCACAGUGAGGAAUUAAAACUUCCUCAGUUGAGAAGUUCUUUAAAACCGAAGUGGAAAAAACUUCACAGACGGAAGUGCAGAUUUGGUAAACUAUCAUCAGAAAAUAACAAACUUAGAUCUGCUGUUGAUUCAGACAAAACUGAAGAGAUGAAACCAGAUGUUGGACUGGUGAGUUUCCAAAGGGAUAGUUUCUUAGAGGUCUUACCUCUAAGAAAGAAAAUGGAGCGCUGGGACCUGAAGCCCGUCUUGAGUGAAUGUGGGAGGAUUUUGCUUCCUUUUGGCUCUGUAGAUUUUUCUGAUCAGGUUAAGUCUAUGCAGCUUACAAAAAAAGAUGAGUGCCCUGAAAAGGUCUUGCACGAUGUUCCUGUAACUCUUCCUGACCCAGUCGCAAUGGAUAAGCAACUUGGCUCAGCUUCAGAGACAGCAGUUGCUGAAGCCACAUCCACAAGCACUGUUGAUGAUGAAAACCAUCAGCUCGAUCAUGAAGACAUUUUGACACCACCCAUUGAUUAUAGUGGGCGACAACCAUUGACUCCCAACUUUUGUUCUGUUUCUCCAAGAAAUGAUGACACAAAUAAUUUAUCAAAAACUGCUGAAACCAAACAGCUUGAAAUCUUUUCUCCAGUCAAGCUUUCACCAAAAGGGAAACUCCUUCUUAGCAAGCUAAAGUCGGUUCUUUCAAGACGAAAAAGAAAAUUAGACCUCCCCACCAAAACACAAAAAAGGGAAGAUGUUGACCAAGAAAGUGACUUUUGUUUUAAGAAAAGCAAAGUGAACUCUGACACUGAGACACCCAUGGGUAAUAAUGCAACUCCUCAAAGUGUCAAUGGUUCAAAAAUGGCAUCAGUUGACCCUCUUUUCGCAUAUUGCUUAGGCUUGACACCUAAAGAGAAUCUAGAAAAUGUUCAAAAAACCGUGAAGGUGGAUACUCUGAGGAAAGAUUCAACACAGAAAGAGGAACAUACCCCCUUAGAUAAACAGCCACAAAUAAGUCAAAGGCCUCCAUCAAUUUUCCCAAGGAGAAGUAGAAUUAAGACUCUGAAAAGGCAUCAGGGCAUCUCUGCUGAAAACGUUAAAAAGAAAUGGUGGUUGCAUUUUCAAACUCCAGCUUGUUUUACAACUGAAAAAAAAUACAAUGACUGUACUAGUGAUAAAACUGUUGGGAAGACUGUUAAGGAAAAAAUGAAAAGUUCUUGCACAUCUACAGAUGCGUUGAACUUACUUGCUGACUUGGCACUCAGUAAUGACAAAGUCCCUCCACAACCAAAUCAGACACUUGAAAGAAUGUCUAAAGACAGUGUGAAGAAAUGUGACCUUUCAAAAAGUCUUUCCAGUGCUGAUCAAGAGUCAGUUCUCCAUGCUCUGCUUAGAAAUCCUGCUGCUAGACCCCUUCAGUCUCUCGAAUCCCCUUCAAAAUGCUCCCUUGUGGCAGAAAAUAAUUUGGUUUCUUUGAUAUCUAAAGAUCAUGCAUACUCACUGCCCCCAUCUUCUCUACUGUUGGAUUUGUCAGGUACAACCUUCCAGGUACCACCUUUAAGUGGUUCGACCAGACUGCUGAACCAUCACCAGUCAAUGUAUGGCGAUGGAGCUAAAACACUACACCCUUCUGUCAGUACGAGAGACAUAAGUGAACACACCAAGACUCCAGAAAAUCUGCAGAAGCACCAGCAAAAGUUAAAACACUCUCGCACUUAUGUAAUGAAAGAGAAAUCCAUUCAAGUCACAAGAAAAUGGGAAGAAAACUACAACUUCAAUCUAGACAGCAGGUUUACCAGUGAUCCAAAGGACAAAGUCAUCAUCCGAGCUUUGCACGGGCCUUGGGAUUUCUCCAUGCAAGACACUGCUGACGAAGUGCGACUCAUCUUCCACAUGUGGAUAGGUUUGUUUUAUAGCCGGUCAACAUCCAGGUUCUUUCAAGUGGAUUCAACUUUGAUGCAGCAAUGUUCAGAGGAGAGUGGAUCUCUGGAUGUGGCCAGUGGAACUUUAUCAGCCCGAAUUAUGCGUGAGCCUGAGAUCUGUUCAGCUCUGGAUCUUUCAAGUCUGACAGAGACUCCAGGCCUAGAUGCUUCAAAACUGUUGGACCUCAGCAAAAAAGACAAUGCUGUCUCAGAACCAGAAACUGGAAUUUUGGAUUUGUCAGUGAAAAACUUUGAUGUUAAAAGGGUUUCAGUGGAGCAACAGCCCAACAAAAAAGUGACUCUUGUGUCCAACAAGCCCUUAAAAGCAUUGAGUGCUACAAAGCCAGUACCAGGCAUACAGGAAAAAGAACAAUUUCAGUUCAACAAAGAGAUGGUGCAUUUCAGCGAUAUUUCCAGUGAGGUCAAAGAUGAUAAAAACAUCAAGAUUAAAACAGCUGAAACUGAAAACAAGCUAUUACAUUUUGAUCACAAUGAAGCUCCUUCUUCUAAGAGUGACAGGAUAUUUUGUCAAUCAGAGAUGAUGAGGAAUUUACCCCUUGAGCCUCAAUCUGAUGGAGCUACACUUGGAACUGAACCUGUGCUUCACGAAAGCAGUAAAGACAUCAGCUUCAAGAAAGUUGGCAUUGAAAAUGAAGAGGCUACAGUAAGGAACUUGCCCCAGCAAGAUGCAUUGUGCUCACCCACAUCUGUUAUGGACAAGGAGGUAAACAGUGGAGAAGAAUGCAAUGUGAUUCAUACAGGUGUGGGACUACAGGAGAAGGAAAUCUACCAGGAUGACAGUAGAGGUCCUUCUCCGGAUAUGGCGAACAGAAAUGAUGAAUCUGUGAACAAAGAAUCUGAUGUUGUUUGUAAUGGAAAUUAUGUACAUGAAAAGCUGCCAAGUGAGGAAGGUCUAGCCUCACGAGACAGGACUGACAAUCAAGAAGGAAAUAUGGACUGUUGCACAACAGCUACAGUGAAAGAUUUUAAAAAUGAGGAUGUUUGUGUGAAAAAAGAUGGUGAUAAAAGCGAAAACUGGAUUUCUAAUGCUGACAUUGACAGAGACUUGAGAAAUGAGUCAUUACCCAAAAUGUGUGGAGGUCUUGCACAGCAGGGUUACAUUUCAGAGGAUAGUCAAGUAGAUGAACAGCUGCCAUUGUCAGCCAGCAUGGAAGAUUCUUCGCUGUGUGUAAAUCCCAGUGUGUCUAAACAUGGAAGUCCCUCCUUUGAAACUGUUGGCACUCCAUCAGAAAUUGCACCUGAACUUAAAGACACUGCAUCACAGGAAAACUUGGAUAUAAGCAAUACAGACUGUCAGAAGGUGGUGUUGCCCAUUUCAUGUGAGAGGAGCUAUGACUCUCCCCCAGCUCCAUGUUUUCCUCAGGAAAAGGACAGUGUUGAAUCCCCAAACAAAAUGGAAACUUCAGACCAAAGUUUGGAAUCCAAUUCUGAAUGUAAAGCGAAAAAUCUUGAGCAAACUCUACUAGAAGUACAGGAGUCCCCAUCCAAAUGUCAAGGCAAUAAUGUGUGUGAGGUAGAUGAGCAGCUUACUGACGAGACUGAUUCAAAAACUGAUAAAACAAGUAGCAGGUUGAGCAAAAGUUUGAAUUUGGUUCUAAAUCCAACUCACUCACCCAAAGAUGUGGUUGAGGUCUAUGUUGUACCUCCUGAAGACAGGGUAGAAAAAGUUGUUCAAGAUCAGGAACCAAUACCCUUAAUUAGUGACGCUACUAAAACUAUAGCUGCACUGCCUGACAAAAUGUCUAUCGCAUCAAAUGUUGGCAAUGAGGGAGAACUGUCCCCUCGCAAAUCAUCACUUCUUGAUGAAACCUAUACACCAGAAAUGUUUAGGGAAGAAUUUGAUAGCAGGUCCCCAACUCCUACUGUAGAUGAAAAACCUCAUGAUUUAAACUUAUGUUCAAGCCCCAGCAGAAACACCGGUGAUCUCACUGAUUAUGAGGACGACCAAAAUGUGACUGAAAACUCACCACCUACAGAUGAUCUUCCUUUUAAUAAAAAAUUCCAAACUUCUACAGUUAACACUAAUCCAAAUCCCCCUGUUGGCCUUUGUCCUGAUAUCAAAAUAAGAACGCUACGGGUUUUGCGAAGUUUAAACGAAUUCAUUGAGAGUCCUAACCACCAGGAGACACUAGCGGACCCAGAUUUUCCUCCCCACAAAUCUUUUCUCUCAGGGGAAGUUUUACAAGAGGAGGAAAAACCAAAUGUAAGUAAUGAAUGCCGCCCAUAUUCUCGGGGUCCAGUCAUGGCAGUAAAACCAUCUAAAAGCGAGGAAAGUCAGGCGCAUUGGCAGUCAAAAGACAUAGAUCCUAAAUCUACCUCCCAGUGUAAAGAAGCUAGUGGUAAUUCUGUCAAAUACUUAUCACCAAAUUCCAAGAUUUUGAAGGAGACAAAGCAGUUUUUUAAAGAAAGGUCUGAUCAACUUGAUAGUAAUCAUAGUGCCUGUGAGCCUUCUUCCAAAACCCUUUGGUUGGCAAACACAACCUCCAGUGAAUCUGACACAGAGGACGACACAGAUUCCCUAUCAAAUUCUCCUCCUCAGAACUACAGAAGAACCAUGUCAAAGCUCAACCAAAUUUCAUCAUCACCUACAUCAUCUGUGCGAUGCUCUACAUCUGAAGAAAGUUUCCCUGAAUUGGGGGAUCAAGACCCCAAGUUUAUGGACUAUACUGUAAAUGGGACAGUUGAGAAUAUAAUCAUACAUGUUACUCAGAAAGACAGCUCAGACAAGUUACUGACUUGUCACAAAUAUGAAACUAUAAGUGACAGUCGCAUUGCAUGUCCUCAAGGUUCACUCAAGUGCACAGUCUUUAAUUCUGGUCAGAAGAGGCCCUACUCUUUUCUGGAGCAGCUCUCUCAAAGGUACCUUCAGAAUGACAUCACCCGAGCAUCAAUGGAGCAAGAGUGCCUCAUCUUUUCAGAACAGAUGAAAAAUCUUUUGAAAAGGAGUAAAAAGGAACCCUUCUCUCAACCGGGUACUCAUAACAGUUCAGCGUCUUGUACCAGUCCUCUGACUAUCAGCUUUUCCAAACUUGAGGAGCAAGAAGAUUCAAUGGAGUUUUUGGACGCCCCUCUUGUUAGACAAAAGAUACAGGUGGAUAUGUCUAACAGUAAGGACCAGACGGCUUUCACAGAGGAACGAAAGGUGAUCCAUGCUCUGUCUCAGGAAAAUGGCAACCCAAUGGAGCAACCUGGGAUUUCUGCGAUUACUGCAGAAUGUGCUAGACUCUACAAUGCAAGGAUGCUUGAUGUUUGCUCUGCCAAAAAGGUCCCACCCAGAUCUAAAAGCAGAAAAGGUCAUCAGAGCGACCCGAGAACUGACAAAAGUAUCCAUUUUGACUUCUGUGAUCAAAUGAAGAAAGAGCUAGGUGAGACCUUCCGGAGUAAUCUGAAUGCAGUUGUGAAGAAAUCCUGUAAAACAAAGUACAGAUUCUUCAUAAUGGUGACAUCUGAUGACAUCUUCUUCAAAGACACAAAGGCUCAGCUGGAAACAGAGGGCCACACUGCUGUGCAGCCAUUUGAAUUCUUCCUUGGCGAGGGCGGUUCUUCAUCGCUACUCAUUAUCCUCAGAAACGAGGAUAUUGCAGAGCACAUUUGUAAGAUUCCACAUUUGCUCAAGCUCAAGAUGAGUCCAGGUGUGCUGUUUGCUGGUAUCGAUGAACCAGAUGAUGUCAUCAAUCUCACCCACCAAGAGCUGUUCAUCCGGGCUGGCUUUGUAAUGUUUGACAGAGCCGUGCUGGAGCCCCUCAGCGUCGGCAACAUGAAAAAAAUCUCCAAAAUCUUGCAAGAGCUCAGCAGGAUGGGGAAGUGGAAAUGGAUGCUGCACUACAGAGACAGCCGUCGCCUGAAAGAAAACGCAAGGUCGAGUGAAGAGGCAAACGAGAAGAAGCUGUUGAUGUACUGGUGCCAAGAUGCUGGUAUACUGGAUGUCUUGCCUUACCACGAGUGUGACCAGAUGACUAGAGAUCAACCAGAUUAUCUGGCAUGUCUGCUCCGACUGCAAGUCCAACAUGUAUCGUCUCGUUUUCUCGUUUUUAUAACUGAUGCAACGACAGACAGUGCCUUUGAGAAGAACGGGAUUUUGACAAUGACUUUGAACACUUUUCUGACAAAGUCUUCAACGGAAAUAUUCAGAGUUUGACUGAAGAGGGUUGAACUGAUGAUCAGGUUCACUCUCUGAAACAGUAAACAAUCAUAUGCUCUUUGUAUGUGUGAAUUAAAAAGCCACCAGUCAUGGUUAUUUGAAAUGCCUACUACACAAGUAGCUAAUCUUUUACUAACUUAACUGUUGAGCUUCUUUUGUAAGUAACAGUUAUCAGUAUAACUUUCAACAGGCUGUUCCGGUCAUGUUUCUGUAUAGCCUCGGUAAUGAUUCAGUUAUUGGAUAGAUUGGCUGUAUUUGCCAAGACGCUGGCAGCUGUGCUGUUUGAACGCAGUUUGUAUUGUAACUUAAUUCAGCAAUGUACAUUGUAAUGUAAAUCCACUUACAAAUGAUUUUUAUGUUCGUAUUUGUCCUGACAUACUGACUGUAUAGUUUUUCAACCAAGCAAGAAAGCUAAGUUUUGUCCUUUUUUAUUAGCAAUACAUAUUUAAAGAUUACACAUGUAUAGUAUUUUCUGACUUUAUUUAGAACUAAGCAUCACCUGCAAAUAUCUAAAGUUGUUCAUGUUGGUUUUUAAAUGUUUAAAAUCCUGUUUUUGUAUCUAGAAUGACUUCUAUUUUCUAAGUGUUCGAUAACUAUUUUUCUUCUAAAUAUAAAUCUGUCUGAAACUUGAAGAAACCCAAUUUUAUCAAGCUGACUCAUUUACAAUUCAGUUUUAGAGUUAUGUGCAGGAUCUGGGCUUUACCCCCAGCCUUUGCACCAGUGGAAAACUUGAAAGGCACCACACCAAAAGAUAAUGUGGGGUUCCUGAAAUGGGUUUUUUCAGCAUCGGGUAAGUUUAUAAAAAUGUAAAGACAAUUUUAAGGAGGAACUUUCAUUUCCAACUCGUGUCACUUUGCUUGAUUAAAAAAUGAUUUCUGGAA